CGGAGCUGCCGCUACGUUUAGGAGGAACAGCGGUGUCCUGUGGCUCCCACCCUCCAGGGGGGCCGGGGAAGGGGUGGUGUCAGGGGCAUGGACGCUACCCCCCAGGGGUCUCUGCUGCCGGCUACUCUCCUCUCCACGCGCUGUGAGUUGAGUUGCGGGGGACUGGGGUUUGGGCCCCUAAAUCCAAGGCAAGCGGGGGCUUGGGAACAGCUCGUUCCUGAGGGAGCUUGCACCAGAGCCCCUUCCAAAAAAUAACCCCCCCCCCCUGCUGGCCAGCACUCCGCAGGGGGAGAAAGGGAGAUCCAGGAAAAUGUGGCCCUGGGGUCUUCUGGAAAGGGGUCACAGCAUGCACAAGAAAUAAGGAGUAAGCUGGAGGAACAGGAGUCUCUGGAGGGAAGGUGCAGAAAUCAAGUCUAUUUCACACCUUUACCUCCCCACUGAGAAAUAUGCAGCCUCCGCUCAGGAAGACAGGCGAGGGGACACGAAGUAAGGCUCGCCUAGAUCCCCGGGGCGGUGGAAAGCAAGAGAAUUCUGGGGGUGAUCAGACCCUGGGGUUCCUGCCCACCCCUGUGCAGAGAGAUCUGCCUAAGCGGGCAGAUGGGGGCUCAGAUGACCUAAGACCCCGAGAGAACAUCUGGAAGCCUCCCUGGGGCUGACGCUAGGAAAAGUGGGAACCAGGUACUUUUUUGCAUGACUUGGGGUCUCUGAGCCAGUCAGUGCUUAGAGAGAACUUCUAGCGGGCAUCCCUGGCUGCAAGCAGGGAAAGGGAAGCUCAUUGUGGGGGGAGGGAAAGACCCUGAUCUGCCCUGGACCCUGUGUCCCCUGACUCCUCUUGGACAAUCAAUGUGGGGGAGGUGUCCCUAAGUUCCAAGGCGUCUUUUUUUAUUUUUCCUCCUGCCCUCUACCCCAAACACACACACACACACACACACACACACACACACACACACUCCAGCCGAACACCUCAUUCCAGAACUUAAAUUCUGGAGCGCCGGGAUUGGAGUUGUAUAUCCGAGCAGUCUCUCCCCGGGGCCUUGGUCAAACAUCCAGGCCAUCUGUGAUCCUUGUCGCCUUCCUCCUGUCCAGCCGCCCCUCCCCCAUCCCAGCCAACCCAGGUUUCCCUGGAGUGGGCGGAGAGAACGAGUCCCAGGAAGAAGGGAAGGUUGAACAGGACCACGUCCUUCUUCUAAAGCUUUCCUUGCAGGGGUCUGGGGCCGGGGGAGGGGCUCUGGACCUCUCUCUCAGCACCCUGCAGCCCAGAUUGCUCCUGGGGGGAAGAAUCUGAAGCGAAAUCAGGCCCCCUGCGGCCGCCGCCAUGGCGCGGGCCGGCGCCCCCCGCUCCCCGGGCCCCGAGCCGCCGCGCCGCCGCGGCCGCCAGCGCUACGUGGAGAAGGACGGCAGGUGCAACGUGCAGCAGGGCAACGUGCGCGAGCCGGGCCGCUACCUGACCGACCUGUUCACCACGCUGGCCGACCUGCAGUGGCGCCUGAGCCUGCUCUUCUUCGUGCUCGCCUACGCGCUCACCUGGCUCUUCUUCGGCGCCAUCUGGUGGCUGGUGGCCUACGGCCGCGGCGACCUGGAGCACCUGGGCGACGCGGCGUGGACGCCGUGCGUCAACAACCUCAACGGCUUCGUGGCCGCCUUCCUGUUCUCCAUCGAGACGGAGACCACCAUCGGCUACGGGCACCGCGUCAUCACCGACCAGUGCCCCGAGGGCAUCGCGCUGCUGCUGCUGCAGGCCAUCCUGGGCUCCAUGGUGAACGCCUUCAUGGUGGGCUGCAUGUUCGUCAAGAUCUCGCAGCCCAACAAGCGCGCCGCCACGCUCGUCUUCUCGUCGCACGCCGUGGUGUCGCUGCGCGACGGGCGCCUGUGCCUCAUGUUCCGCGUGGGCGACCUGCGCUCGUCGCACAUCGUCGAGGCCUCCAUCCGCGCCAAGCUCAUCCGCUCGCGCCAGACGCUGGAGGGCGAGUUCAUCCCGCUGCACCAGACCGACCUGAGCGUGGGCUUCGACACGGGCGACGACCGCCUCUUCCUCGUGUCGCCGCUCGUCAUCAGCCACGAGAUCGACGCCGCCAGCCCCUUCUGGGAGGCGUCGCGCCGCGCCCUGGAGAGGGACGACUUCGAGAUCGUCGUCAUCCUCGAGGGCAUGGUGGAGGCCACCGGAAUGACCUGCCAAGCUCGGAGCUCCUACCUGGUGGACGAGGUGCUGUGGGGCCACCGGUUCACGUCGGUGCUCACGCUGGAGGACGGCUUCUACGAGGUGGACUAUGCCAGCUUCCACCAGACCUUCGAGGUGCCCACACCCUCGUGCAGCGCCCGGGAGCUGGCCGAGGCCGCCGCCCGCCUAGACGCCCAUCUUUACUGGUCCGUCCCCAGCCGGCUGGAUGAGAAGGUGGAGGAGGAGGGGGCCGGGGAGGGCGCGGGCGGAGGGGCCGGCGCGGACAAGGAGCAGAACGGCUGCCUACCGCCCCCGGAGAGCGAGUCCAAGGUGUGA